AUGGGCGACGUUCGAACGGUGACCAGCGAAGGUGAAAAAGAUCCUCAUGUUGAGCCAGAGGUGAAACAAUAUUGUUUUCUUAAGCCGAGGAAAGUGGUCAGGAGCGCCGGCGAUGGCAGUACCAGAUGCCACAGAGACGCGAGACCAGCCUUUCACAACGCGAAGAGGCUUCUUAAGUUGGAAGUUAUGGACGGCGUUCUGCUGCCCUCAAACGCGUUCAACGUCGACAACCUGACCGACGCACUUCGCUACAAACCACUCCCAAGGGACAUCUUCAUAGCCACCUAUCCAAAGGCGGGUACCACCUGGACGCAAUACAUCGUAUGGGCGCUCCUCAACCUCGACAAUAAUGAGGAACCGCUGCCGUCGCUUAAGCGCAUCAAUUACGACCUGAUGCCAUUCUUGGAAUUCGCUGGCAGAAAAGCGGUGGAGAAACUUCCCGAGCCGCGGGUCAUCAAACACCACCUGGUUUUUUCCAAGUCUCCCUACCACCCAGAGGCCAAGUACCUGGCCAUCGUACGAAACCCGUUCGACUGCGUGGUGUCCUUCUACCACCACUGCCUGGACGACCGCGCCAACCUCGAAAUGGCCGAAGACGCCACGUUCGACGACUUCUUCGAGGACUUCAUGGAUGGACACGUCCCGUUCGGCGACUACUUCGAGCUGGUGUUGUCCUGGUACGCGCAUCGCAGAGACCCGAAUGUUCUGUUCUACUAUUACGAGAAGCUAAUUGAUAACCCGAAGGAAGGCUACCUCAAAAUCGCCGAUUUUAUUGAUAAGUCUAUUGGCGAAAAACUACGAGCAGAUGAGGCGCUCUUGGCGGCCGUGGUCCGCAAGACGUCUUUCAAAAACCUAAAGACCAGCGUCAUGAUUUCACACGACGAUGAGGACUCAGUCAAAGAGGAGAAAGGAGACGAGGAAGUGUUCGCACCCUUCAGAAAUUUCUUUCGCAAGGGUGUCGUCGGCGGGUGGAGGUCUUACCUCAAGGCGGAACAGGAACGCAAGCUCAGGGAAGUGUACGAAAAGCAUAUACGGGGAACGGAGAUGUGGGACGUUUGGAAGACCCACGUAGAUAUAGACAAUACGCAUGCUAGCUAA